AUGGGUCACGACAUGAGCUCCAUGGGCGGAGGCUCCGCAUCUGGCGGAGCUGACACCUCCAGCCCCAGCUACGACCCGGAUUCUCCUCCCACCAGCAGCAGCGCAUCUGGCGGAAGCAUGUCGAUGAUGAUGAUGCAGAUGUGGUUCUACUGGGGCCCGAACGUGAUUAUAUUGUUCGAGAGUUGGAAAACGAGCAGUUGGGGUUUCUAUCUGCUCGCGUGCUUCCUCGUCGUUGUCUUCUGCGUGCUUCACGAGUUCCUCACGUCGUUCCGGCUGAAGCUGUCCGCCACUCGCCGAUGCCGCGUGAAGGACGCCGAGCAAGGCGCUGACAGCGCCGACGCCACCAGUAGCAAGAAGGUCGAUUGGAGAUCCCUCCUGGACCGCCUGGCAGUGACGGGCAUAUACGCGCUCAACCUCAUAUUCAGCUAUGCGAUCAUGCUCAUUGUCAUGAGCUUCAACAUCGGCCUCUUUAUCGCGGUCGUUCUCGGCCUCACUAUUGGCUUCUUCUUUUUUGGAGCCAAGAGGCGGAAGACCUCGUCGGAAAGGCCGCUUGUUGAGGAGGCGCAGGAGGAGAAUUGCUGCGGGACUUCUGACGCGUGCUGCGCCGCUCCAUAA